UGUCUGUCUCCCUCCUCUCUCACUCUGUCGCUCCCUCUCUCUGCAGCCUCACGCUCUCCUCUCUCUCUCUCACACACACUCUCUCACUCCCACUCACUGCUGCAGAGAUGGCCGAGGCUUUCGUUGGAACAUGGAACCUGAAGGAGAGUGAUAAGUUCGAUGACUACAUGAAGGCUCUGGGUGUGGGUUUCACCACCCGCAAGGUGGGAGGACUCACCAAGCCCACUACCAUCAUCUCAGUGGAGGGUGACACCGUCACCUUGAAGACCCAGAGCUCCGUCAAGAACACAGAGCUCAGCUUCAAGCUGGAUGAGGAGUUCGACGAGACGACCGCCGAUGAUAGGAAGGUUAAGUCCAUUAUCAAAAUAGACGGCGGAAAGAUGGUGCACGUACAGAAGUGGGACGGCAAAGAGACCAGUCUGGUCAGAGAAAUCAAUGAGAACGCCCUCAUACUGACACUCACAAUGGGAGACAUCGUUUGCACACGUCGCUAUGAGAAGGCAUAGUGAAAACCCAACCCAGAGUCCCCCCCCCUGCAUCAUCUGAAGCGUCUGUGCCUUGAUCUACGUUAACGGCACCUCAGCCCAGGCCAAGCAGCCGGACCCCGUGUGUCUGCUGCAGAUUCCCCCUCCUCCCCUUCAGUCUGAUUGAUCAGUUUUUGCGUUGCUGUUCUUUGCAACCUCCAUCUUCCCUCCUGUCCCUCUCUUUACUCUUUUGUUCAAACACUGAAUAAAUUCCAAUGAGUUGUUGUUGUUUUGUUCUUUAAACAGGUCUGUGGAAUUUUUUUUUUAACGAAAUGUGUUAUGAAUAACAUAUGCUCUGAUAAACCUGGAAGUGUUAAAAACGUUUUUGUUUAACUAUUGAGACCUGAAAAUAAAAAUGAAAGUUUCCUCACA